AUGCCUUUAUGCGGUAUUUCAGAUAGGAAACUGGCGACUCAAUUAUACUCAGCGUUUAUUGCGCCUUCAACUUAUGCCCAUUCGACAGCAUUAAUUGGCAACAAGAUAUAUUUUUUUGGUGGACUUCAUCUAACAGAAGUGGAUGCCUACGCAUAUAAUUAUGUUUACUAUUUAGAUGUAAGUGGCAACUUCGACACUAGCUCCCCUCCGUGGACCGACCUUACGAGUACUGCAGCUAUUCCUUACGGGAGUUCAUGGGCAACAGCUUCUGUUGGAGGUGUAGACAACACCCAGGUGUUUCUUUUCGGAGGUGCGACUCGAGACCCAGUCACGAACACUGACACCUUUUUAGGAAUGACCUAUAUGUUUGAUUCUAAAUCCUCGAGUUGGAAAAAACCAACUUUAUCUGGAACCGAGCCAUCGAGACGAAGAGAAAUGCACGCUGUUCAUGAUAACAAUGGAAAGAUUUACCUCUUUGGAGGAGCGACGAAUAAUCUUACAGGAUCACCCACUCCUAUAUGGUUCAACGAUAUGGUCAUUAUUGAUACUAUAGCGAUGUCUUAUUCAACGGGAUCAAUUGCGAAUGUACCUUUCCCGCGCAUUGAUUACAGCGUAGAAAUUUUACCUAAUGGUCUCAUAUUAUAUAUUGGCGGAAGGGAGGCUACCACUAAUACAACAUCCGAAGUUGUGGCCUUGAGUAAUAUUACCACCUAUGAUACAAAGUCUUCUGUGUGGGGCUCAGUGGUUGCUUCUGGUGGAUCGACACUUGAAAGUCGCUAUCAGCAUUCGUCUGUUUUAUCACCGGAUGGUUUGAUUAUUUGUUAUGGUGGAACAAAUGCGAAUAACGUAGCCGUUACUCCACAACUUAUCGUAUUGAAUACGACAUCUUCCCCAUUCUCGUGGUCUGCACCGACGGUCAGCGGAAAAUACCCACCAACAUUAGUUCUUCAUUCCGCUCACUUAGUUAACGAUUUUAUGAUAAUCGCAUUCGGAAACAUUACAAAUCCUACCGGACCUCCAUUGAGCACUAGUUCAGCCCUGUACGUACUUGACACAAAAUCAUAUACCUGGACAACAUCUUUUUCUACGAAUUCAACGUCCACCUCAGGAUCCCCAUCUGCCACCUCCACUUCCAAACCUACAUCAACCAAUACCGCUUCAAGUAGUUCGUCUAUCUCGACAGUCACUUUAAUUGGAAUUGUUGCCGGUGCGGGCGUUGGCGGAGUUCUCCUUUGUGCAGUAAUUGGUUUCUUACUGAUUAGGCGCAGAAAAAAUAAUGAAUAUGACCAUCCGGAUGGUGUACUUCAAAUACCAAGCUCGUCAGCAAGAGCUGAUGAGUUACAACCAAAUUACGCUAACAAUAUGAGAGCCGAUGAGUUUCAACCAAAUUACGCUCACAAUAUGAGGGCCGAUGAAUUUCAACCAAAUUACUUGAACAACGCUCAAACACGACAACCGCCGAUUCCAGAUGAAUUUCAACCAAAUUAUAUGAAUCAACAGUCACAACACUAUGCUCCUCGAUAG